AGUCAGUCGGCAAAACCCCAGUUGACGCAAAGUGUGUUCACGGCCAAGCAUGUCCCGCACUCCUGUGCAGCUGCAAUCCAAAGCUGGGAGCGCUUUCAGAGCGUUACACGAUUGUGGCCCUUUGUGGCGCAGAUGACGGCCAGGCCCAUGCAAUCUGCGCGCGCCGGGCGUCGUGCCGCACGUUGUGCCGUCGGCCGCAAAACCACAAGGGUUUUGCCAAUCGGGGCAACGCAACCUGCUGCGCACAAAUUAAUAACUUAAGAUGGGGCACUCUCGCAUCUGUAGUUCCUAAGGGCAGUACCCUGAGAGCGCGGCGGGUGCGAUGGACCUUUGCAGGUCCUCGCCUGUCGCUCAUUAAACUUUUGCCGCCCGCACCGCCAUACAAACACGCUUCGCCCCUUAAACACAGCCUCUGGAAUUCACACUCGGGCGUUUACGAACACGGCGCUUCCAGCGGGAGUCCAACCCAACCGCGGUAGUAUCAGAACGACAGUGCGGGCGAAGUUAGCUCUUUGACAGUGAGAACUCAUACAACUUUAUACAAUCUCUCUCUGCGCGCAACUGGACUUGCGCGUGCCUCCGCCAGGGACGCAUCGACGCUUGCGAGGCCCUUCCGCCCGCUGCGGCUAACAUCAGCAUUAAUAACAAGCAGCAGUUACAUUACUGCUCACGGCCUCUGACUUGUGCCAGCAUUCCAGCUUGGCCAGGCCACCUGGCGCUUGCUCCUGCGCGUCGCCGAUCGAUGCGCGCCCAGUGACAAGCUGUUCGACGCAUCGUCGAUUUAAUGUACAUCGCACCCAGCGCACCAACGUCCGCGGCCCAAGUUGACAAUACUGGUUUCACGGAACAUCAGGCAUCAGACCAUGCAGCGGGCGCGGGCCAGGGUCCAGACUACGCCCGAAAACUAGGCGCCUGCUGCGGCGUGGCGCCUUCCGCUCCAGGCCUCGGGGUUGCAUUUCGCCGCACAAGCGACAGUCGGUCGACGCCGCAGCCGGCACCGCCUGACUCGCUGGAAUCCCCAGAUCAUCCGUUCCGCGGGACCUUGCGCGCCUCUUGCGAAAGUCCUUUCGCGCUUAAAGCCCCCUCGAUGCAGGCCCCAGACGUGGUUAUGAGUGAGGCCUCCUCAGGAGCUGCGGGUGGGGCCGCCGACUGCGUGGCUGACGCCCGGUGUGACAAGGCGGGAGGGGACAUGUGGUCUCGAGCCUCCUCAGCAAGCAAGCCAACCGUGGCGGGCAGCGCAUCAGCCGCCGGCGCUUCCGCCGUCGCGUCGCCGGAAGGCAACGCCGCGGCUGUCGCAGCUGCUGCCCCCCGCACGAGCAGCCCGCCGCCGACGGCUGUAGCAAUGGCGGCUGCGGCAGCAGCGGCGGCAACAGCCACCGCAGCCACAAUGGCGGCGCCGCUGCACUGCCACGCCUCCUCGGCGUCACCCUCCCCUGACGGCCUGGGUUUCAGCAGCGGACCUUUGAGUGUGUCAGCUCUGGCAGACGCGGCAAUGGAGCCUGCGGCAGCGCACGGCAGCGGCGGUUCCCGCACAGGCGCUGCGGGUCCCACCGCUGCCGCUGCGGCCGCAGCCGCGGACGCCGUGUUUGCAAUUGCGGGAAAUGAGGCCCCCCGGGCGCACUCAGACGCCGCGGCAGCCGCAGCCGCCCUCUACCAGGCUUCUGAUACGGCCCAAGCCUUCAGGAAUGACCUGGCCAAGCAAGGUCAGCUACAGCGGCACCUGCGCGACCGCACCACUCCGGGCUGGCCAGCAGACGGCGGGGCCGGCGGCGGGCCAAACCCCCAAACGCCCCGCGGCGCAGCCGCUUCUGCAGCUACUGCCACGGCAGCGGCCCCCGCCGCCGCUGCUACUGCCGCCACGCCGCCAGGCCCCACGCGGGGCCCCACGCCCAGCGGUGCCCACAGUGGCGCUGUUGGGCCCAGUUACUCACACAGCCUGCAGCCCCCACCAAAGACGCUGGUACCAAACCACUGGCUGUCACCGUCGCCGACGCACAGCUCGGGUGACUCGCACCGCAGCAGCCCCGACGGCAGCAGCCCUCCCCCCGCCGCCGCGAGGACUCAGUCCACCUGCUGCCCCGCCGCCUCGCCUGCUACAGCCCCCGCGAUAGCCACUGCCACAACUGCCACUGCCACAACUGCUGCUACUGCUGCCGAUGACGCCACCCCGCCGGGUCCUGCAGGGCCGCCAGCGCUUGCGGCAGCCGCCUCGCCGCCGCGGAGCGGGGCUGUGGGUGACGCCCCACCGACAGGGGCCGGGCACCAGCACCAGCACCUACUACAGCCUCCGCCGCUGCCGCUGUCGCCGCAUGUCCGGCGCGUGCUGGUGGAGUGGAUGGGCGAGAUGUGUGCACAGCUGGGCCUGGGCUCAGCGGUGUUGUUCAGUGCGGUGGCCUACCUCGACUGCUUCAGCGCGGUGCAGGUCGUCAGGACGCCGGACGGGGUUCUACAGCUGCUGGCAAUCACAUGCUUGGCGCUGGCAUGCCGUCAGGAGGGUUCCAUCUCGCGCCUGUCGACCGCCAAGUGGGCCGGCGUGGUGGUGGACCCCACAGACGGCCAGCCGUUGUACACGGCCGAGGACGUGGGACGCAUGGAGUGGUUGCUACUGGAGAGUCUGGAGUGGCGCACGCAGCUGCCCCACCCGCUCAGCUCUCUCACCCGCCUGCUGCACGCCCUUGGAGAGGCCCCCGGGCUGGAGGCCUGGGCACGCCGCGUCGCCGGCGGCGGACAGCAGCCGCAGCUACAGCCGCCGCAAAUGGGCGGCGGCUUGGCGGCGGCGGCGGAGCACCAGCAGCAGGGGCAACAGCUACCGCCGGCGGGGGCACUGCCGGCGCCGGCGUCGCCCUUGCCGGCGGCGCCGUCGGCACGGCCGGCCACCGGCGGCGGCCACGGCGGCGGCCACGCUGGCAUGGCGGCGGCGGCGGCGGCGGCGGCGGCUGGCGUCGUGCCCAUGCAGACGGACGAUGCGGCGACGGACGGGGAUGAGCUGUAUGCUGAUGAGCAACUGUCGCCGACAGAGGUCGGGGCUUGGCACCAGCCGUACCACCAGCAACAGCAACAGCCUGCGGGGUAUGGCGGUGGCGCAGCGCCGCCGGCAGCGGCGCAGCCGGCGGCGCCGCUGCUGCUACUGCUGCAGCACCAGCGGCACCAGCCCGACCUGCGGGUGCUCGCGUUACAGAUCCUUGAGCUCUCGCUGAUGGGCUGUAGCUACACCUGCUUCGCGCCCAGCACGAUGGCACUCACCUGCCUUGCUACUGCCGUGGCAGCUGCUGCUACAGCCGCCGGCACCUGCGCCCCGCUGCCGCGGCAGCGGCAGCAGCAGGGAGGACGGGAGCAGCAGCAGGAAGUGGGGGAGGGGGAGGAGGGACCGCCCGCCACUCCGAUUGGCGUGACGGUGGCGGCAGCGCGGCGGCAGUCACGCCCACUUCUGGAAGGCGCUGUUUACCCGCCGCUGCUGCAGGCGAUUCGGGAUGAGGCGACCGCGCUGGCGGCGGCGCUGGCGGUUGCGUUCGGCAUCGUGCAAAGCGAACUGGCUCCGAACUUACAUUCUUGCAUUACCGCCGUGCAUGCACUCAUCACAGGCUCGAUACCAUGGGUACAGUAAUCAUGACGUGGAUGCGAAAUUACAAAGACGGGACAACUUAUGACGUGCGUUUUUGCGCGGAUCGGUACGAAUAAGCACGCGUACAACACCGGGCAGCGCAGGCGCGCAAUCAAGGCAAGCUAGCUCUAGGGCUGGGUGACAUAGCACGGAUGUAGUUUCUGUUCAUGACAGAUCAGUUAAUGCCAAACUGCACGCGUCUGAAGGCGCAGGGGUGGUAUGGGGUACCUGUCCCACCAAGGCUCUGGUCACCCCAGGAUUGGACCGACUUGCUUGACAUGCUUUGUGCCGCGACCUCCAAUCCCAAUCCAAUCCAUGGAGGUGUGACCGGCGCCGGGACCAAUCCUAUACUCCCAUACCACCCCUCAGAAGGAAGAGAUGGCAAUCGGUAUUCUCUUCGGGAAAGCAAAAUGUAGAACAGUGCCCGGCAUGUAAGCCGCGGCCUCAGUCAUCAGGCAUCAUGGUUGGCAGGGAUUCGCACGGAGAAUGCAUCAGCAUGAGGCGAAAUACUUCUUUGUGUGGAGGAUGCAUGUAUGUAGAAUUGCAUGGCAAGUCAACGUCACCAGUCAUGCGUGUUGCGUAUGUGUGCAGAUGUGCCAGUGGGGGUUUCAUAAUCUGUUUAGCCCAGCUGGAGAUCAGCAGGUCAGCUGCGUCCGCGUGGUUAGUUGCGGGCCAGCGGUGACAGAUGCGUUGAUGUUAUUAGUUGGUACGGUUCCCGACAGCCGGGGACCGAGUGUGGCACAGAGAGGCUCCCCAAAGGCUCAAAGUUUUAUAUUAUGAUGGUUGAUGUUCGUUUCUUGCCGGCGCUGUGCACGCCGUAGCCGUUUGCAGGCACAUUCACUGUUGGCUCAUACAGCGCAUAGGCACCAGCAUCAGUAUAGUGUGAGCAUCUGUGGAUUGUUUGGCAAGUCAUCCGGUAGUAUGAUAGUUGCCAGCAGUAGCUACUCGAAUCAAAGGGUCCGUUCUGCAUUGUGUGCCGUCGCCAAGGCGGUCGCGCGCCUCUGGCGGCGGCCGGGGGGAGCUUUGUUUCCAGCUCGCUAGCUAACUAGCUAGCUAGCGACAGAGAAUGCAGGGAAAAGUCAAGUCAGUUGCGGGAUGCAGGCUGGCAUCGCGGUAGGCGUGGUGGGGGCAUUGCUUCUGGUAUGCCACGUGGCUGUCCGUGACGCACCGGCACCGCAUGUGGCUGUAGAGAUUUAGAACUCUAACUACAUACUACGAAGCUGAGCUAGCCUUCUCGUGGAGCUUGUUGCUCAUAGAACAGCAGGGCCGCCCCAGGCGAUAAGCCCACAUGUUUUUACGGCUCAGCGUUGGUCCUGCAGGUUAACAGAUAGACUGUUGGGACGCUGAGCAAUAUCGUAGGAGUGUAUGAGGUACCCUUCGUUGGCUUCUGUGGGGUACCUUAAGUGGGGAGGGGCCGCAGAGCGUUGGGACGAAAGCAUGUUGCUGCAGAGAGUUACUUCGUGAGGCUGGGCGAUUGGGUGGCGGUUAGAGUUAUCAUAUGCUACAGCGCUUUCAGAGCAAAGCAACGAGAAGGCUUUAACAUAUUGAACGUCGUGCCAGCAGGCAGGCGUGAAGGCGACGCAGGACGGGCGCAAUUAAAGUGGGAGUGUUACAAGGUAGGUGGUGCGGCUGUGAUGAUACUGCAGAGAUCGAACAACUCAAAAGCAAGCCCGAAGCCUUUUUUUGUACGGGGGCGACUCGGAUGGGGGGGGGGGGUGUUAUGGGGUUCGGUGGCAAAAGAAUGGAGAAGCGUGGGUGAAAAUGCUUGCAUAUAUAGAUUGGUGGUGGCCCCGGGCCGGGUUGUUUAUACCCGAUUUCCGCAGUACUGUAUUCAUGGUGGAAUAUUCCUCAGGAGGUGGGGUAGCCGAUAGGAGAAGCGCACACGUCAGCGCGAACGGUGCGAUGGGUCGUGUCGGGCAGACGAAGAGCAGGCUUUGCCUGGCAUGUUUAUUCACGCUCGGUUUGUUUCGGACCUUAGAAGUUCUGGCUGUGAGACAGCAGCCGGGUCCCGUAGGCGUGCAAGAGCAGAGCGCUCAUUGGUUAGCUGAUAGAGGUUACAUGUGGUUAGCUGAUAGAGGUUACAUGUGGGACGACAGCCGUGGACUAAGCCAGGGCCCCAAAAACAUACGAGACACGCACGCUCACCCGAGGAGAGAUCCCCGAAUGACCCCCAUGCUCCUCGCCUCCGGAGAGGGGAGGAACCCCAGGCCCGGCUCACCGCACUCCCACCCCGCGCCCCCACCCUUUCCCCUGCUGUGUUCUCUGCGUGACAGACAAGCAACGCCGCCUGCCCAUAUCUUGUCCCGACCACUAGAGCUCGGGUAGCUGGGCUCAUGGGCUAAGUUGAGUUCGGGAGGAGGUUUGACGGGGGUGGGGGAGGAGUCGAGCCGCAUAGUGACAGGUGGGUUGGGCAUGCUGCUGCGCACAUUUGUGUUUUGAAGCGCUUCAUUGCAUUUGAGGAUGGCAACGGCCCUGUGUAGCAGCAUCGUCGUCAGCGGUGUGCAAGGGUAUGCACCGCUGCCUUCACCUGCUCCCUGUGAGCAUGUGAGUGGCUCAGUGGCCGGAAAACGUAAGACGUGGGGCAUCUAUGGGGAUGUUUGAUCCUUGAUUACAUCGGUCUGGAAGGGGCGACGAUGAGUUUGUAACGACCCCUUCAC